CCACACACAGAGAAAACCAAAAAAAUGGAAGACGAAAGCUCGGAGAGUAGGAACAAAGCUCGUCUUGCAAUAAUGGAGCUCGCUAACAUGAUCAGCGUACCAAUGUCCCUAAACGCCGCCGUUAAAUUAGGCAUCGCCGACGCUAUUUGGAACGCCGGAGCCAACUCUCCUCUCUCCGCCGCCGAGAUCCUCCCUCGCCUCCUUCUCUCAUCCUCCACCACCACCAUCGCCGGCGAUCCCGAGAAUCUCCAGCGCAUACUCCGGAUGCUCACAAGCUACGGCGUUUUCUCCGAACACAUCAACGGAUCAUCCGUCGAGAGAAAAUACUCUCUCACCGACGUCGGUAAAACGCUCGUCACCGACUCCGGCGGUCUCUCCUACGCCGCUUACGUCCUCCAACACCACCAGGAGGCGUUGAUGCGAGCGUGGCCGCUUGUUCACACGGCGGUGAUGGAGCCGGAGACGGAGCCGUACGUGAAAGCCAACGGCGAGGCGGCGUAUUCGCAGUACGGGAAAUGCGAGGAGAUGAACGGUUUGAUGCAGAAGGCGAUGUCCGGUGUAUCUGCGCCGUUCAUGAAAGCAAUAUUGGACGGUUACGAUGGGUUUAAAUCUGUGGAGCAUUUAGUUGACGUAGGUGGUAGCGCAGGGGAUUGUCUCCGUAUGAUCAUUGAGCAAUUUCCUAAUGUUCGUCGUGGCAUUAAUUUUGAUUUGCUAGAAGUUGUUGCCAAAGCCCCCAAGAUUCCUGGAGUGACUCACAUUGGUGGAGAUAUGUUCCAAUCAGUUCCAAGCGGUGACGCAAUCUUCAUGAAGUGGGUGUUAACGACAUGGACGGAUGAAGAAUGUAAGCAGAUAAUGAAGAAUUGUUACAAUGCUUUACCGGCUGGAGGAAAACUGAUCGCUUGUGAGCCGGUCUUGCCUAAGGAAACCGAUGAUAGUCAUCGGACUCGUGCCUUGUUAGAAGGCGACAUCUUUGUCAUGACAAUCUAUAGAACCAAAGGUAAGCACAGAACCGAAGAAGAGUUUAAAGAGCUUGGUCUAUCUGCUGGAUUCUCUACUUUUCGACCUUUCUACAUUGAUUACUUCUACACCAUCUUGGAGUUUCAGAAGUAGUAUUAAAGCAUUUAUCUUCUGAUCCAUAUCCUAAAAGCUUCCAAAUUGUGAUAGACGUCUAGUGAUGAGUAUGUUUUCAUUAAGCUGUUAUAACUUAAUCGUCUAUUUCUAUCUGCAUAUUUAAAAAGGAUCCCUAUAUAUAUUCGAAAUCAAA